AUGGCACGGCACGACACUCCCAUUGUACACGCACGGCCAUAUCAACCCAAGUUCAAUUCCACUUAUGAUAACAAAUAUUUGGCGCCUAGACCGCGAUUAAUGGCUAACGGAGGGGGCCAAAACCCCGACUACCUCUAUCCAUCUCCCUCGAACACACUCAGUGCCAGGCCAAACACACAAAGCCUUGGCACUCCAUUAGGUUGCACGACUAAUUCUCUAAAUAUGACAAAUAAUUCUAUAAAUAUACAUAGAGAUAUGAGUCUGCGCGAGUUGCCGAUCAGCCCAGCUCCUGGGUGGAUGAGCCCGAGCAUUCCCUUGAGCUCGGGGGAUCGAAUAUCCUCCCCUUCCCCUCCACACUAUAGUAACGUAGAAAGCCGACAACAUAUGCGUUCAAUCCUUUUUAACUCUGCAAUAAACUUCUCCAACACACCACAGUAUCGUGAACUGGUCUUUCGACAUGCCGAUGAAGGAGGAAAUCGGACUAGGAAUUUGCAACGUGAAGAAGUAUAUCGCGAGGCGUACAAGGAACUGCAGCGACUUGACGAAGGGGGCGAAUUGCCUUUGCCAAUAGCAACUAGCGGUGCAGCAAGUGGUGCACUGACGAAUAUACGAUCGCAAGAUAGAAGUGAUCCUAAGAAUGCGAUAUCCAAGCUGAUCUUAGAUGGGGAAUCUCCAAGCGAAAUAUCGGCCGUUUCUGACGUUUUAGAGAGUCCAAUUGUGAUAAAGAAUCUAUCGCCGUCGGUGGUGUCCUGGCUGAUCAAACAAAAGCAACGUGGCUAUUGGCACAAUAACUCAUCACUCUUCAUUUUAUGCUUUAUAGUUGCACUGAGCGUGGGAAGCAUCGAGACUAUAUGGAGAUUAUCUCAUUUUUGGGGAUCAAUUGUAUUUAUCAUUCCCUAUUUCAUAAGCUAUUUUAUUGUAGUGCAGCCUAUGCUAUCUUUUGAACUGCUUUCGGGGCAGCUAAUAAGGGAGGGACCGCCUAUUAUUUACAAUAGAUUGGUGCCAGGGCUGGGCGGCUUGGGCACGGUGAUUGUCAUCUUUUGCAUCAUAUCUGGUUGUAUAUCUAGUGGACGAUCCUGCGCCGAAUAUAUGUUGUAUUUUAUCGACGUACUAAAGUCACGUGUGCCUUGGAAGUUGACCGAAGAAGAGGUCAGGCUUUGUAAGUCAUUUUUGGAUGACAAAUUUGAGUGCAUGAGAUUCAAGCCAAUUUGCCACUUCAAUGUAACGGAAAAUUUGUGUAGUCCAUCGACGCUGGGUAAAGCGUACGUGGCGUACAAAGAGCGGUUCCACAGCCAAGAUAUAAACUCUGCAGCUCUAGAUCCCCAACUUGCCUAUGCAAUCACCGCAACUUAUGCAAUUGCCGGAACAUUCCAACUCCUUGGUCUAACCAGCUUCACCUUCGCCGCUGCAUUUAUCGUGAUUCUUAUCUGGUUCCUGGGACAUAUCCAACUCAUCACCACUAUGCAACUAGAUGGAGCCUUUGAAUACUUCAAAGCUACCAUGGGCGACUGGAAAUGGAACUUCCUGUUCACCAAGUCUAGAAUUUGGACCCAGAGUUUGAGAUGCUGCAUCUACGAAUUUGCCAUUGGUAGUGGCGUCUACUCGACUAUCGCAUCAAAGUCACGCCUGGGUUAUGAUAUGUCGGCAGAAUCCAUCGGUAUAGGAAUUGGUCAUGUAUAUAUAAAUUCUCUGCUAUUUUCUUCAGCCAUCGGUCUGGUUGGCUACUAUUCUAUCGUCCUCGGAAGCGAACCAGAAGAUAUAGCCUGGAUGCUGGAGCAGGAUUGUAGUUACGUUUUGCUACCGCUGGGAUUUCAAAUUGCAGAAAAUACAGAGCGUACCCUAUGUAUGCUCUAUUUUGGAUGCUGUUUCAUACUAAUUUGCUCUGCUCUUGCUGUGCAAAUUGAAGUUAUCAUUCUUACACUGCAAGGCGUGGUUAUUGGUAAUUAUUCAUUAUCUCGUAUCGACAGAAGAAUCUUGAGUGCUAUACUAUGCGUGGCUUUAAUGGGUAUAUCAUACCCCUUAGGUAACACCAACGGCAAGUAUAUCGUGUGGUUUUUGGAGAUUGCACUGGGAGAUUUGGGUAGGGUGUCCAUGGUACUGAUAACUUCUUUGAUGAUUGGCUGGGUUUAUGGCUAUAGAGAACAAGCGGAGCAGGUGGGCGCGAUUGGUGUUUUGUUGUUCAAUUUUCUGUUUUGGGCUGGAAACAUUUUGGCUACCUUUUGCGAAAUGUUUAACGAAACGGUACCAUUUCUUAUUUGGUGGCUCGUACGUUUAUUAUCAAUUGUAUUGGCAUCGGCCAUUGCCACUGUGUAUAUCAAAAGGACCAGAAAACUUAACACUGCUAGUGUAUUAUACUGGUUAUUCUUGGGCAACAUAGAAGUGAUGCGGGCGAUGAUGAAGCGCAUAUCACCUAGUGUCAAAGCGGGAUUUUUACCUGCAACUGUUUUUUGGUCAAUUUGCAUUAAAUGGUUAGGACCUUGCAUGCUUUCCAAUACUUUUGCAGACAUUGUGGAGGAGUUGAUUAACAAGGAGGAUUUGGCCAGCCAGAUAGAGAUAGUGCCCUCAAAGUGGAAGAUUAUCGCACUUAUUGUUUGGGGCAUAUGCAUUUUAAUAAUUAUAGCGGGAUAUAUUUUGAACAAACUAUUCAAGCCAAAGAGUGAAGUCACAUUGCAAAAUUUGCCCUCGUCUCUCUACACAUACAGUUGGUUACAUGGGCUGCUGCCCAGGUCACUGUUUAAAGAAUUCUUUUAA